CUGAGAUGUGAAAAGUUUCAACUAGUCGAGGUGUUGGCAUUGUAGUUAGGUUCAUCGUCGCUGGAAGAACCGCGCACCUAGGUUUACCUCAUAACUGCCAUGAAACUGGGGAUCUGAGAGAUCAAAGGAUGUAUCUUCUAAGCCUCUGUUUAAGGUGUACAUUCCAUUUUCAUCUCAUUACAAGUGUUUGUACUGUCUGUAACUAUGACGAAUUUGAGGUCGAAGAUGUGUUCAGCAAUGUUUCUUGUCAUAAAUGUCCAUCUUGUCCUCCUGGAAUGGGUCUAACACCACAGUGUGGCAGUUUUGUUAGUUAUGGUGAGAAGGUUAAAUGCGGACUUUGUGAACUUGGAAAAUCUUACUCUUCUACUAAUGAUAUCAGUUCAUGCCAACCAUGUGGAAUUUGCUCUGAUCAUGAAAACAUCAAGAGGAACUGUUCCUUGACGAAUAAUUCCCAGUGUAAACAUGGCUGUGGCAAAGGGUUUUACUUUGAAGAAUUAACUGGAGAUUGUAAGCCCUGUUCUUUUUGCUAUUCAUAUCUUCCUAAUUGUAACAAAACAAAUGAUCUGGAAGAUGGUUGCAAAGACAUGCCGUUUUACAAACAAUGUGAUGCCAAUGAGAUUGGUUGUCAGUUACCAAAGUGUAGAAAAGAUCAAUACCUUGUUGUAACCCAGGAAAGAGAUAGUGCACAUUGCAAGGAAUGUAAAACCUGCCCAGCUGGAACAUCACUCUUUCCACCAUGUGGAAAUGGAACUAUAAUAGGAAGCAUCGAUGAUACAAAAUGUAUUAAGUGCUCUCGUGGCAAAACGUUUUCUAAUAAGCCAAGUAAACAAACUUGCAAGCCAUGCUCUACUUGUUCAGUUGGACAGAAAGAACUAACACCCUGCAAUUUGACACAUGAUAGGGUUUGUGGUCAAUGUGAAAAAGGAUUCUAUGGUAGUGACGACACAGGAUGCAAGCCAUGUUCUGCCUGCUGUAAUGAUAAAGAUGACGUGCGAAUUCCCGAAUGUCAAAAUAUGGCAAAAAACAAACAAUGCAGUUAUACUGACCGAUCCAUCACUGUGUGUCGAGAACAAAAUAGACACAGGAAACUUUCUCAAGAGAAUUCUCCUAUUGUUAUAAUACUUUCGACUGUAUCAGGAGCACUUCUUAUUAUAAUGGUAAUAUUGGUGAUCAUAAAACGCGUAAAAUGCCGCAGAAGUAAUAGGUAUCAAAGAUCCGACUCAUGUGCUGCGUUGCUGACACCUGUGGAGGAAGCACCACAGAAUGAAUCAAUAACAUUGGAAGAUCCAACAACUCAUGGUUCACAAAAGACAUUACAUUUUGAUAAAUCAGGUGUCUUAAUCCAAUUCAAUGAUGCAAGCUGUUUCUUCAAUGAUUCUCAAGGAAUAAGACUAGAAAUAUGUUGUGACGGAACUUCUACGCAUCGUCAGUCAGAUGAAGUACAACUAAGUCCUUUGAUAAAAUUUCAUCCAUUUGGGAAGCAAUUAUCCGAACAAGUACAAGUCAGAAUACCUCAUAGUGCUUUAGUGUAUUUAAGUAAUGGCUGGGACAUCAGGCUAAAAUGCUCUGUACCACACAAAGAAUCAAUUGUAUGGAAGGAAGAAAACAAGUUUCAAGUCCACAAUAAUGAAGUCAGCUUUCAAGUUGAUAACCUUACCUCCUAUGUAAUCAUUGGUAAAUCACGUGAUAACAACAAACCAACAAAGAAACGCUUUCAAUGUGCUGUUUUUGGUGGAGUGGGCACAGUUGGUGUGGACUACACAGCAUACUUAUAUGUUUUUGAUGACAGUGAGUCAUCAUUUGAGAAAAUCAUGCAAGCAGAGGAAUCAACCGGUAGAACCUUACUUGGCUCCCCCCAGUCUCUUUAUAUCGAGAUUAUCAGGACUAGCACCAAAGUAAAGAUCUCAGUCAAACAACCAGUGGAGGGAUGGAUCGUUGGAGAGACUAGACCAGAGUUCAUCACACAAGCAAGUUUAAAGGAGUCUUAUCAAACAAUUCCCAGAGCAGCAAUACACUUUAAACAUGACAAUGGCCGCAACAGAGACUUCCUUUGCAUAUUGGAACUUACUGCUGAAGAUACAACUACAACAAUUUGCGCAGUUGCCUCGAUUAGAGAGGAUCCAUAUGGAAAGUUUCAAGGGCACCAACCAGGAUGUGUUGAUGACAGUUAUCCAAUAGUGAAUGGGAGAAACUUGUGUGACCCACUGAUCAUCAACCAAGACAAACCAUCACCUUGUCUUAAAGAUCUCCCAGAAGAGGUACUUCAAGCUCUUAGUGAGAAACUCGAUAUGUUCCUGAAGGGAGUUGGCAAUUGGAGGCAUGUUGCAACAUGCCUUGGAUUCACUGAGGAAGAGAUUCAGAUUUUCCGAAAUGAAAUGUUGACAUCGGAUGGAAGUCCUUGCACUGUUAUGUUGGAGGCACUGAUGGAGAAGUCUCCACAGUUCACUGUAGCAGAAUUUGUGCAUAUUUUACAAGAAAGGAAAAUUCAGCGCUUCGAUGCUGUGGAAGUUCUCGAGCCUCAUUUGUACAAUAGCAGAGAAUGACGUGCAUAACAAUAUGGAGACAUUCUCAUUACUUCACUUUUUAACGGACCUGUCGAACUUUCUGGCUUAUGUAUUGACAACACGGAUUGACAACAAAAGUGAAAGAAACAAACAAAAAAAAAACAAAUAAAAGACUUCCCAAGUGCACUAGCGUAAACAAAGUAAUUGUCUAAAAAAUAAGCUAAUGUCACAAUUUGAAAGUGAACCGUUUGAAAAUGAACGAAACAUUGCUUUAUAAAAUAAUUCAAACACGCCCCCGGUAAAAGCUUGAAAUCUCCGCCAAAUUCAUCAUUUUCACAGUCAAUAUCAAGUAUACUAAAUCUCUCAGAUUAUUAGGUAGUCUCCUGAAAAAAAAAACAGACAAAAAAAUAAAGAAGGCAUCCAACUCUCUAUCAGAGAAUGACAGCUUAUAGAAGACAUCAUAGCUGUCAGACCACUCUACUUAGACUCGUGGAAGACUGGAAAUCAGCUGUUGACAGAAAGGAACUGGUGUACAUACUGUCUACUGACUUGAGUAAAGCCUUUGACUCUCUCAGCCAUUCUCUAAUCGUAAAGAAACUCGAGGCCUAUGGCAUUGGACAAAAUUCUCUCAACCUUCUUAGAUCAUACUUUGACAAUAGGCUCAAUAGAGUGAAAAUAAAAGGAGUGACAAGUGA